AUGAGUGGUCGAUUACGAGGUGUGAGAACAAUAAUUGCAGAUCAGUAUCCAAAAGCUCAAUUCGUACAUUGCGUGGCUCAUGUACUGAACUUAAACGUUGCUGGGUAUUUUGGCAACACUUCCGGUUUCCACCGCGACACCACCGCGACACCAGAAAGAAGUUUCUCCACUCUAAAGAGAUUAAAAACCUAUCUCAGAAAUAAGAUGGGAGAUAAGAGACUGACUGGACUUGCUCUACUGAGUGUGCAUCGUGACUUGGCGGUGCAAUGGGGUCCCUUCACAGCUAGAGGACCUGAUUGUAGAUAUCACGUGAUUCAUACGGUCUAG